AUGAAAAAAUCAAUUGAAAAUUACUCUUAUAUAUUCAGGGAACUUGAAAUUGAAAAAAAAAUUGAAAAAGAUGCAAAAUUGAUCAAGAAAAUAGACUUUAAAGAAAGCAUAAAUAGAUUCAAUUUAUUUAAUAAUAUAGAUAUGAAUGUUGUUUUUGAUCCAUUAUAUGGGAAAGAACCCUUUGGUUCAGACUUAAUUUCAAGUAUCUUAUUGAAAAAGAUGUCUAAAAAUAAUACAAAAGAUGAAAAUAUCGAUAAUCUAAAAAAGAACUCUGAUGCUUAUUUAAUUGAUAAAAAGAAAUAUUCGAAUGAUAUUUGGUUGGAAGAUUUCAUUUUAUCAUACCCUAAAGAAUUUACAUGGAAUACAUUUAAGGAAUCAGGUUCAAAUCCAUACAGGAAUCCAUUUAUUACGGAAAAGCCUAUGAAUGUAUUUGAUCUUUUUUUAGUAAAAGAAUUGAAUCAUAUUUAUUCUCCAAAUGAAGCAGGAAUAAUGGUAGAUCCAUUUUUAUUAUAUGAAUCUCUAAUUUUCCUUUCUCUUGGUGAAUCUUCAUCUCUUUUUAUCUGGGAUAAAAAGCAUUUGAGAUUUUCCUUAUCUAUUGAAAAUUUAAGAGUUACAGGUUGUACGAAAGAAACAACUAAAGAUAUAAUUGAUUUUUUUCUAAGCAUUGGUACACAUACAUUUAGACUUCAACUUUUUAAAGAUGCUAUCCAGGAAAAUGCAUUGAAUUAUGACUCUUCUGUUCUAGCAUUUGUUUCGUGUAUUACAGAAAUACUGAAAGAGUAUAAUGAUAUCUUGGUUUUGGAACUAAAUAACAUCAACGAGCCUUUAUUAUUAUUAAGAUUGAUUCAUAAAUAUGUGUAUAUUGAAGAAAAUUUAGGGAAAUUGGCAAAAUUUUGCUUUAGAGAUUUAGAAAACUUUCCUGAACCACCUUUUCUAGAAAUAAAACAAGGAAUUGAAUUGUUGAAUGCACUUUAUGCUUUUGUAUACGAGGAUUUUCAUAUAAACACUGGGAAUAUUUCAUCAAUUUCGAGAUAUUUACUUAAAUGUUCGAGUCAACCGUGGUUAGAGACAUUAGAACAAUGGAUUGGUCUACAAAAAAUAACUCCUAACAAUGAAAAAAUAUGGAAAAAGAAAAGAUCUGGAUUUUUUAUUCAUGAAACUGAUAUUUCUUAUUUAGAAAAUAAUGUAAAUUUAAAUGAAUGCUUUAAGAUGGAUAAUAUAAAUUGUCUUUAUCUUCCAAAAUCAUUUUUCGAAGAUGCUUAUAACACAGGAAAAGCUAUUAGACUUCUCUAUAAAAUUCAACCUAAUCAUCCUUUAUGUAGAGUAUUUUAUAACAGAGAAGUAUGUAAAAUAAAUAUUCAAUUAGAAUGGAAAUAUAAAUGGGAAAAUAUAAAUGAUUUAACUAAUAAAAUAAAUAUAUAUAAAAAAGCUGUAAUGAUUGAAAUUGAAAAAUUUGAAAAUUCAAAUGAAUAUAACGAAACAGUUGACUUAAAGGAAUUAAAGAAAUCCGAUAAAAAAUUUAAGUUUGAAUUUUUUGAAUAUUCAAAACAAAAAAUCAUAAAUUCAAUUAAAAAUUCAAUCAAUCUUUUUGAAAGUGAAAUUGAAAAUAACAUAUCACCAUUUAAUAAAAAUAUAAAUGAAGCAUGCUUUUUGGAAGAUAUAGCUCCAAUCGAUAUAAUACCUAUACAUUGUUUCAUAAUUCCAUUGUCUAUUCAAUCAAAUUUAGUUAAUAAUUCACUUGUAAAACUGUUUCUCAAAAAUAUUGGAUUAAAACUGCAUUUAUCAUUACUUUGGAAAGCAAAAUUAUUUAAUGACGGACUUUUUAUAUUAAAACUUUCAUAUGCUCUAUUCGGUUCUACAUUGGGGUAUAAUAAAUAUUCAUUAGAAUUAAAUUGCAAAUCAAGACUUAAAGGAAAAUGGCCACCUAGACCUACAGAACUAACUAUAGCACUUCAAACUGUUUUGUUUGAUACUUUUGGAUCAAAAUUUCUUCUAAGUAAGCAGGAAUUUGGAACAGAAAGUAUUUUAAUAGGAGGAUUAAGUUUUUCAAUUGAGGAAAUGAAUGAAUCAGAACAUAAAAAAAUAGAGGAUCCUUACAAUAUUGAGGCACUAGAUUUCCUAAAAAUCGUGUAUACUCCAACGUUUCCCUUAGAUGAGAUUAUAACAGAUUCUUGCUUAGUCAAAUAUGACCAGUUAACAAAAUUUUUAUUGCGACUUAUACGGAUUAAUGAUAUUAUUAUAAAAUUAUUUGGAAUUAAGGCAAAUAAAAAAAUGUCGGAUUAUUUUAAAAUAACUUUAGGAUUUCGUUUUCAUGCUUAUCAUUUCAUUCGUGCACUUUUCUUCUAUAUUUUUAAUAUUUCAUUAUCAUCAAAUUAUCAAGGGUUAAAAAAAUAUUUUAAAGAUAUUGAAUUAAAUUUAUCUCACUUUACUCUUACUUCUUUAACUCAUUUUCAUUUAGAAAUACUUGAUCAAAUCUGUUUCUCUUGUUUUCUUGGUCCAUCUCAAACAUCUCUGGCUCAUAUUAUUACAAAUAUUUUUUCAAUCAUUCUUGAAUUUUCAAAAACUUUUUUUCAAUAUCAAUUUUAUUCUGAUAUUAUAGACAAAAAUUCUCUUAUAUUUAUUACAAAUACCUUAUAUCCUUCUCUUAUUGAACAAAUUACUAAAUUUAUUGAAAAAAUUUGUGAUUUGGCUAAAAAUAAGGGUAUUUAUACAGAUCUUAUUGUUUUAUUUGAUACUGAAAAAUACGUUUAA